CUACCAAGUAGACUUGGUAGUCUUGGCCCAAGUAGACUCACAGCUGCCCUGUUCUGUGCAAAGCACUUAGAAGAUGUGAUCCCUGCCCUGGAGACUUAAAAUAUACACAUUUCUCCAACUUUGUAUCCAUCUUUGGGAAAAUACAUUGCAAGGGUAAUUCCUGUUUAUUCCAAACCUCAUGUUCUUUAUUUUACUAAAGUACUCAAAAUGGAGCUCCUGAGUCUGAGGGAGGUUCCCAAGUACAUGGAAUCCUGGGAAGAAUUAUAGGGCUCAGAGGUCUGAAGUCUAGCGUUCUAAUCCUAGCUCUGCCACCUCAGCUGUGUAACCUCCAGUGAAUGACUUUCCCCUCUGGGCCUCAGUUCUCUUUGUAAAAUGGAUGGGCCUGACUUUGUAUGAAAAUAAAAGCAGUUGGGUAUAUCUGACUAUUUACCCCAUUGUGUGUAAUUGGACAGUAUCUUACCUCCUAAAUGCUUAGGUGCAGGAUAGAUGCAUCAGUAAGCUGAGGGGCAGGAAGACAGCAUGUGCCUAUUUCAGUCUGUAAAAAGGAAGGCCCAGGAUGUGCUGCCCCUCUAGUGAGUGGUUGGAGUGGUGGUCGACCAAAGGGGGGCUUACCACAAUAAGGGCCCACCCAAACAUGUCUGUGUGUCUUAGCCCCUAGGUUUACAAAAGGCUCCAAAGCCCCAGAGUCUUCAUGGCACUACCAAGGACGAACCCUUGUUCACCAUUCACCAUUCAAAAACAAUACACCCCUCAUACCCCCCUUCGGAGAGACAACCCAGGGAGAAAUAGUCAGCAGAGGUGGAAGAUGGUGAGAUCUGGAAAAGCACUGGUGAAGCCAGGCUUCCUGCAGGGCCCCAUCUCAGGCUUCCCCAGAAAGUGCAAGCAGGGGAGCUUUCUGGCCCCCUGCAGCAGUUACUUCUGGAGGACAGUGGGAUUGGUGGACACAGGCAUCCAUGCCCAAAGGCUUCCUGGCUUCGGUCCAAGCGACUGGCAGGUUCAUCCUUCUCCCUAGAGCCCCACGAACACCACUUCCGGCCCUCCUGUCUCUGCUUGGGCUCUAGCUGCCUGGAUUUCUAUGCCCAUGCCAGGCCUUCCCUGUGCAGAGCUUUCUCGCUCUCCCUUACAACCCUUAUUCACUCGCACUCUCCCUAUCUAUUUCUUUCUCCCUCCUCCUCCUCCCCUGCUUCUCUCCUCCUUGCCAACCCUCAGCAGUCCCAGAAUGGGUCCCCCCUCCCUCCCCCACAGCAUCUCCCCCUCCUUAGCUCUCACCCCUGCACCUUUCUUUGUAUUCCUCUCGCCCUCUCCCGGCCUCGCCUGUAUCUCUCCUCCCCCGCCUGCCUUCAGCCUCCCCCAGCCUCCCCAUCUUCAGCUCAGUCUCCUCCCUCUCGCUGUGCUCCCCUCCCCCUCUCCCCCAACCCUCGGUCUCACCCCACUCCCCGCCGGCAUCCCUGGGUUUCUUUCCACCCUAGGGGGGGUCUCUGUGCCCCUCAUUCUCCUCUCUACCUGCCUCUACUUUCACCUCAGAUUUAGCCGGCACCCAUCCUUUCCUGCCUGGGUCCCCCACACACACUGCUAACAUCGCCACUGUGUCUUCUUCCUCUCCUUCUCUCCCCACCCUCUCCUCUUCUCUCUUCUCCCUGCCCCUUUAAAUCUGCCUGGCCCAGCCUCCCCCGUGAUGCUGGGAUGGAGCAAACAUUGAUUUGUGCUGGGAUGGAAUCGGAAUUUUGAUUUUUUUUUUUCCUUUCCCAACCAUAAGAAGGGAAAAAAAUAAUAAAAAACACCUCCUUUUGAUAGCCCCCUCUCCUUUCCCAUCCAGUUCCCAGCUCCUCUUCCCUAUCUCCAUCCAAGGCAAAAUUUUUCCCCUCCACUAUUCUCAUCCCCUACCCCACCCCUGCCACUACCUCGCCCCCCACCCCCAUCGCCUGCUCCUCCAGCUGGGGAGAGAGGGGACUCUCUCUUGCGGCUCCCCCACCUUCGCUCUCUGGGUAGGAGCAGUCUCUCCGGAAGGGGAGGGGGCUUUGACUUGCCGGGACGAGGUGGGAGUGGAGGUAUCCUGCCAUGGAUGCUGUGCCUGGGAGGCAGCCUGAGCCCCAGCCCACAUGGUGAGUAACCUGCCCCCUCCCUUCCGCCUGUCUGCCCAUCCCCACCCUCGUCUUUUCCCUGCGGAGCCUCCUCCAUCCCCAUCUUUCCCCCCACCAAACCCACUGCCCACCUUGGUCCGAUCUCCCCCCCCCCCCCUACAUUUUCAUCCUCCACCCCUUGCCUGGGAAGCCAGAGAAUCGGGGCAGAAGGGUCCUGACAGCAGCCAGAGGAGCGGACGGCCUACGACUCUGCCCAACCCCCUCUCAGGACCCCCCCCCCCCCCGCCCGCCCCAGCAACUGCCAUCCACACCCGACACUUUGGGGUUCCAGGCUGGAGAAACGGGACUCCUGCUUGGGGUUGGGGCCCCAAGUCCUGGGAGGGGCUCUCAAUAGGAGGGAGGGGUGGGGGAGCCCCCAUGCCCCCAAAGCUUAAGAGCUGCUGGAAGAUGCUGCCGAAGGGUGGGGGGUUGGGGGGCGGUGCUGAUGCCCCAGAGCCUCUGGGCCAGGGAGCGGCGGGCAAAGAGGAGGGGCCUCGCUCGCCACUUCCCCCCUCUUUCUCCGCAGCCACUCAGGAUGAGGGUCCGGCCCUGCCAGCCCGCGCUGGGGCCCCCCCGCCCGGCCCCGGUCUAACUGCCCCCGCCCCCAGGCCUCGCCCCGCUCGCAGGCCCCCAGCCGGCUCUCCAGCCCCAGGAUGCGCUGAGCCGCCGGGGGGCUGAGGCCGCGCCAACUACAUGCAUGUCCCCCGGGGGCAAGUUCGACUUUGACGACGGGGGCUGCUACGUGGGGGGCUGGGAGGCGGGGCGGGCACAUGGCUACGGCGUGUGCACGGGGCCCGGCGCCCAGGGCGAGUACAGCGGCUGCUGGGCGCACGGCUUCGAGUCACUGGGCGUCUUCACGGGGCCCGGCGGACACAGCUACCAGGGCCACUGGCAGCAGGGCAAGCGCGAAGGGCUGGGCGUGGAGCGCAAGAGCCGCUGGACGUACCGCGGCGAGUGGCUGGGCGGGCUGAAGGGGCGCAGCGGCGUGUGGGAGAGCGUGUCGGGCCUGCGCUACGCCGGGCUCUGGAAGGACGGCUUCCAGGACGGCUACGGCACCGAGACCUACUCCGACGGAGGCACCUACCAGGGCCAGUGGCAGGCCGGGAAGCGCCACGGCUACGGGGUGCGCCAGAGUGUGCCCUACCAUCAGGCGGCGCUGCUGCGCUCGCCCCGCCGCACCUCCCUGGACUCCGGCCACAGCGACCCCCCGACACCGCCCCCACCCCUGCCCCUGCCGGGCGACGAGGGAGGCAGCCCGGCCUCAGGCUCCCGGGGCGGCUUCGUGCUGGCCGGGCCGGGGGACGCUGAAGGCGCGUCCACCCGCAAGCGCACUCCCGCGGCCGGCGGGUUCUUCCGCCGCUCGCUGCUGCUCAGCGGGCUCCGGGCUGGCGGGCGCCGCAGCUCCUUGGGCAGCAAGCGGGGCUCCCUGCGCAGCGAGGUGAGCAGUGAGGUGGGCAGCACAGGACCCCCGGGCUCCGAAGCCAGCGGGCCCCCGGCCCCAGCUCCGCCCGCCCUCAUCGAGGGCUCUGCCACUGAGGUGUAUGCGGGCGAAUGGCGCGCCGACCGGCGCAGCGGCUAUGGUGUGAGCCAGCGCUCCAACGGGCUGCGCUACGAGGGCGAGUGGCUGGGCAACCGGCGGCACGGCUACGGACGAACCACCCGCCCGGACGGCUCCCGCGAGGAGGGCAAGUACAAGCGCAACCGGCUGGUGCACGGGGGGCGCGUGCGCAGCCUCCUGCCUCUGGCCCUUCGGCGGGGCAAAGUCAAGGAGAAGGUGGACAGGGCUGUCGAAGGCGCCCGUCGAGCCGUGAGCGCUGCCCGCCAGCGUCAGGAGAUCGCUGCUGCCAGGGCGGCAGAUGCCCUUCUAAAGGCAGUGGCAGCCAGCAGCGUCGCUGAGAAGGCUGUGGAGGCAGCUCGAAUGGCCAAACUGAUAGCCCAGGACCUGCAACCCAUGUUAGAGGCCCCAGGCCGCAGACCCCGGCAAGACUCAGAAGGUUCCGACACAGAACCCUUGGAUGAGGACAGCCCUGGGGUAUACGAGAAUGGACUGACCCCCUCAGAGGGCUCCCCUGAACUGCCCAGCAGUCCUGCCUCCUCCCGCCAACCCUGGCGACCCCCUGCCCGCCGGAGCCCACUGCCUCCUGGAGGGGACCGGGGUCCCUUCUCCAGCCCCAAAGCUUGGCCUGAGGAGUGGGGGGGGCCAGGUGAGCAGGCAGAGGAACUAGCUGGCUAUGAGGCCGAGGAUGAGGCUGGGAUGCAGGGGCCAGGGCCCAGAGACGGUUCCCCACUCCUCGGAGGCUGCAGUGACAGCUCUGGAAGUCUUCGAGAGGAGGAAGGGGAAGACGAAGAGCCCUUGCCCCAGCUGAGAACCCCAGGGCGCUUGGAGCCUGAGCCCAUGGCCACGCCAGUCCUGAGGGGCCCAUUCUCAAGGGGUCCUGAAGCCGGGUGCCUGAUGGAAGAGUUUGAGGAGCCUGCUGCAACGGAGAGGCCCGUCCAGCCGGGAGCUGCCAACCCCCUGGUGGUGGGAGCCGUGGCCCUCCUGGACCUCAGCCUGGCGUUCCUGUUCUCCCAGCUCCUCACCUGAGGCUCCUGCCCAGCCUAGUUCUGGCUUCGGUUGCUGCCUCUUCACUUCUUUGACCUGCCUUUUUCUCUUUUCCUCCUCCUGGUUGUUUUUUUCUCCUCUCUUUCUUUCUCUUCUCCCUUCCCAUUCUUUUCUGUUCCCCCUUUGUUUUUGUCUUUUGCUUUUUCUUUCCAGCUGUCCUUUCAGAUUCUCUCAUUUAUUCUGGAUCUGUCUCUGUCUUCCUCACUCUCCUCCCCACCCUGCCCAACCUCUCUCUCUAGAUUGUUUACAUAUGAAGGGCUUUUCUCGCUCAGAGUUGCUCUCUUCUCUGAGACACACAAAUCUAAGUCAGACCAUUGCCCCAUGUCCUCCCCGCCUUUUCUUUAGACCUGAACUUCGGUGAGGGUGGGGGUUUGGUAUCCUGAGGGGUCUCCUGGAAGCUGAGUGGGAAGGAAGAAGAAAAUGGAGAAGGGAUGACUGUAUACUGGGCAAGGCACUGGCUGAGCUGCUGUGGCUCCCUGACCCAAGGGGCCUGGUGUCCCUCUGAGGCCUAGUGGAAGAGCUGGAGGACAUAUGGCCUCCAUCUCUGACCUUGGAGGAUCCGAUCUCACCUCCAAGCACUGAACUAGGUUCUUGCCUAACUCCAUCCUUCCCUGAAGGAGAUAGGGGAGAUGAAAAGUAGAAUGACUCCCUAGGAUCUCCCUCUUCCUUUCCUCAACAGCCAGCCUCUCGUCCAACCCCCCUAGGGUGGCAUGCCUUGUCAAGAGCAAUGUGUAAAGGAAAGAAAAUGUCUAACACAGUCACGUCUACCCACUGACCUCUCCCACCCUCUUCUCCCCCCCCCCCCCCUAAAAUUUAUUUGGUUGGUCUGGACUCACUUGUGGCCUUUGAUUAGACUUCUAAGGGGCCUGAAGAAGACAUUUCUAUUGCCGAGGGUUAGAGGCACUUGAGCUAGGACCCCACUCCCCAACUCUGGCAGUUAUGGUGUGCGGGUUGCAGGGAGGCAUUUUGGGGAACACAACCAGCCUAGAUAAGAGGAACUCACAGAGCAGCAGAAGCUGUGACAAGUUUAGUAGUCUAAAUGGGUUAUAUCCCUUCCCCCCAUCACAUCAGGAUCUUGUGAAAUGGGAAAACAACAGAAAGAGGGAUCAAAGGAAGCCAAUCUCUCACACACUUUCCAGGCAGGGCAGAGGUGGCAGUCAAACCAGGGUGAGAGGUGGGUGGAGAGCCCUGUUUGAGAUUGUGGCUGAUCCCUGUUAAUAGCUUUCCCCUGGGGGCAGGAAGCCCUAGGAAGAGGGGGACCCCUCUGUAGGGUCCCCAGGGGAUCUUUCCUCCCUCCCCUGCAUGAGGCAGACGCAAGCUGCCUGCCAACCCCCUCCCUCAAGGAAUGGCCUUGCCUGGGAAUGCCCACCAUACAUACCCUCUUCUUUUUUUCUAGUCAAACUCUGUUUACUCCUUGGCCUGCCUCCCUCCCUCCCCUCUAAACCUUUACUUCUGAUUUCUAUUUCAUGGAAUUUGGGAUUGAAGUUAAACUACAACAGUGCCGCCAACACCAAGUCUUGCAGGAAAAAAAUACAAAGAAAUUUAACAAAAAAUAUAUUAAUAAAAAAGUUCAAAAAAGGGGGGGGACUGUCAUCUCCUUUGGGGUGCGAUGGCUUCAAAUCCAAGCUCUCUGAGGCUCUCUGGGUGAUGAGAAUGUACAAAGAGCCCUCU